AUGUCCAAGGAGCUUCGAUUUCCCGAAGGCUUUAUGUGGGGCACAGCUACGGCCGCUUACCAAGUGGAAGGUGCAACAAGCGAAGACGGACGUGGUGACAGCAUCUGGGAUGCGUUCUGUCGCACGCCAAACAAAGUUGUCAAUAACGACACUGGGGACAAGGCAGUGGACCACUACCAUCGCUACAAAGAAGACGUGCAGCUGAUGAAAAAGAUGGGGCUCCAUGCUUAUCGGUUCUCGAUCGCAUGGCCACGUAUACUUCCAGGUGGAAUCGGCGACGUAAACGAAGAGGGGGUCGCGUUUUACAACGACCUUAUCAAUGAACUCCUGGCGAACGACAUCACGCCAAUAGCGACGCUGUACCAUUGGGAUCUACCACUACCACUUCAAAUCGAGUACGACGGCUGGCUCGGUGGCAAGUUCAUCCAGGAAGCGUUUACACAGUAUGCUCGAUUGUGUUUCCAGCGCUUCGGAGACCGCGUGAAAAACUGGUUGACACUGAAUGAGCCGUGGUGCUCAGCCUUCUUGGGCUACGGAACUGGUAGUCACGCUCCAGGACGCAAGUGCAAGCCGCAGACGGAGGCGUACCUUGCUGGACACAAUCUGCUGCUAGCACAUGCUCGAGCCGUGGAAGCUUAUCGCAAUGAGUUCCAGGCUGCACAGAUGGGCGUGAUUGGAAUCACGCUGAACUGCGACUGGCGAGAACCGAAACCGACGGAUGAUUCGGCGCAGAAGGCCAGGAACCAAGAGGCUGCUGAGCGCUCGCUGCUUUUUCACUUGGGAUGGUUUGCUGACCCGGUGUACACGGGAGAUUAUCCGCAAGUGAUGAAAGACCGCUGCGGUUGGCGUUUACCCGAGUUUACUGACGACGAGAAGACGCUGCUGAAGGGGAGCUCGGACUUUUUCGGGCUCAACCACUACGGACUCAACUACGCUGAGCCAUCAGAUGAAUACGGAGCCAAUGUACCUCCCCCGGAUGACAGCACUGGCGGCUAUGGACCAGAUGAAGGCACGAAGUUGACGUCGGACGCCUCUUGGAAGCGCACGGAUAUGGGCUGGAACGCUGCUGGGUGGGGGUUCCAGAAGCUGCUGCUCUGGAUUCAGAAGCGCUACACGAUCCCACAUGGCAUCGUGGUCACGGAGAACGGGUGCGCGUGGCCGGAUCGAACCAAGGAGGAAGCUCAGAACGACGACUUUCGGGUAGACUUCUACAAAGACUAUUUAGCAGGUCUGCACAAUGCUUUGGCGCAAGGUGCGGAUGUGCGCGGGUACUUUGCCUGGUCAUUUGUCGACAACUUUGAGUGGGCCGAGGGCUACGCAAAGCGCUUUGGGAUGCACUGGGUGGAUUACGAGACCAUGGAGCGCACGCCCAAGAAAUCAGCUCAUUGGUUUGGCUCUGUCGUCCGCCACAAUGGGUUCACAAUUCCCAUGGGAUAG